AUAUGGCUGCUCAUGAGGCGUGGGUUGAAGACAAGCUUCACGAAAUACUGAACAUUGGAGACAAAACAUUAUGCCAGUUUUUUCUGUCAAUGGCCAAAAAAUCGAAGAGCGCAGAUGAGUUGACUUACAAAAUUCAGAAAUCAGGAGCAGUGGAAAAUGUAAACAAAUUGCAAUCGUUUUUAUCAGAGUUACACGAUCGUGUUGGUCAGAGAAAAUUGGUGAAGCCUGUAGUUCCAGUCGCACCAGUUCAGAAAAAGGUGUACAAAAUGAUAGAAAGUGACGAGGAAGAUAUUAAAAGUGUGUCCUCAAAAAGUAGCAGCCGAUCAAAGAAACGAAAGAAGAAGACGCAUAAGAGUCCAGACAGAGAGUUAGCUUCCAAUUUGAGCGACUCGGACGAAGAACGAAAACUGCUCGAAAGAGACAGAAAAGAAAGAGACGAGUUUGCAGCUCGACUGAAAAAGCGAGAUGAAGAGAAAACGAAAAAGAAAAUGGCCGAUGCUAAAGACCCUACUAGAGCCAUAUACGAGAACAUGGACAAUGAAGAUGUCUCAAAUUUUGUGACUGAUUUACGAAAGAAAAGUCGGAGAGAUUAUUUGAAAAAGCGAGAAGUAGAUCAAUUGGACGCUUUAGAAGCUGACGUUAAAGAUGAAGAGUAUUUGUUCGGAGAAGCCACUCUAACUAGCAAAGAACGCCAAGAAUUAAAGUAUAAGAAAGAGAUUCUGCAAUUGGCGAAUAGCCACAAGAAAGCGAAAGACAUUGAAAAAGUGAACCGAUAUUUUGUGCCUAAAGAUGACAUUGGAUUGCAUCAAGACUUCUUCGAGGAGAAAUUAGACGCGAAUGAUUCGGGUUUCAACAAUGAAAGUAAAAAGUGGGAGGAAGAUCACAUUAAACAAGCCUUAAUCAAUGUAGGGGCGCAAGACAAGAAAAAAGUUGAAACUAAAGAUUACGAUCUUCUAAUUGAAGACCAAAUUGAUUUCAUCAGUACACUGACAAUCCCUGGUUCCGAUGAAAAAAUGGAGCCUUCAAUAAGUAAAGAAGAACUUAAGAAGAUGUCGUUGCAAGAAACGAGAGAAAGUCUACCGAUCUUCAAAUUUAAAAAAGAGCUUGUCGACGCAUUGACUAGUUACCAAGUGUUGGUGAUUGAGGGCGAAACUGGAAGUGGAAAAACAACCCAGAUUCCACAGUAUUUAAUCGAAGCCGGAUACUGCGAAGAGGGUAAAAUGAUUGGAUGCACGCAACCAAGAAGAGUUGCGGCAAUGAGUGUGGCAGCACGUGUAGCUGAAGAAAUGGGCAAGAAAUUAGGAAACGAAGUGGGCUAUUCAAUCCGAUUCGAAGAUUGCACCAGUAAACGAACUAUUCUUAAAUACAUGACGGACGGAAUGUUACUGCGAGAGUUUCUAAACGAGCCAGAUUUGGCUUCGUAUAGUGUGAUUAUCAUUGACGAGGCGCACGAACGGACGUUGCAUACAGAUGUCUUGUUCGGUCUGGUCAAAGAUAUUGCAAGGUUCCGGCCUGACUUGAAGCUCCUGAUAUCAUCGGCAACUAUGGAUACCGAAAAGUUUUCACUGUUCUUUGACGAUGCACCAGUUUUCCGGAUUCCGGGACGUCGUUUCCCAGUUGAUAUCUUCUACACUAAAGCGCCAGAAGCUGAUUAUAUUGACGCUGUUGUUGUAACUGUUUUACAAAUACAUGUUUCCCAACCUACUGGCGAUGUUCUAGUGUUCUUAACAGGCCAAGAAGAAAUUGAGAGCUGCCAGGAAAUUUUAAGUGAACGAGCUAAGAAGCUUGGAAAACGAAUAAAAGAACUGAUUGUGUUGCCUAUUUACUCAAACUUGCCUUCUGACAUGCAAGCGAAAAUCUUCGAGCCGACUCCUAAAAACGCUCGAAAGGUGGUUUUGGCUACUAACAUUGCAGAGACAUCGUUAACUAUCGAUGGUAUUGUGUACGUUAUAGAUCCAGGGUUCAACAAGCAAAAGAGUUUCAAUUCUAGGACUGGAAUGGAGUCCCUUGUAGUGGUGCCUUGCUCCAAGGCAUCAGCCAAUCAGAGAGCGGGAAGAGCCGGUCGGGUAUCCCCUGGAAAGUGCUUCAGAUUAUACACUCAAUGGGCAUAUAAGAACGAACUGGAAACAACUACAGUUCCAGAGAUACAGAGAACUCAUCUGGGAAAUGUGGUUUUAUUAUUGAAGAGUCUUGGAAUCAAUGAUUUGAUCAAUUUUGAUUUCAUGGAUCCGCCGCCGCAUGAGACUUUAGUACUUGCGUUGGAACAACUUUAUGCAUUGGGUGCUUUGAAUCAUAAAGGGGAGUUGACCAAAUUAGGAAGACGAAUGGCUGAGUUUCCAGUCGACCCAAUGAUGUCAAAAAUGAUAAUUGCUUCGGAGAAACAAGGUUGCUCCGAAGAAGUUCUAACUGUUGCCGCAAUGAUGUCAAGUAAUCAAAGCAUAUUUUACAGACCAAAAGAUAAAGUUGUUCACGCUGAUAAUGCAAGGAGGAACUUCUUCUCACCAGAUGGAGAUCAUCUGACGUUACUCAACGUGUAUAAUAAUUGGGCAGAUACAGACUAUUCCAUACAAUGGUGCUUUGAGAACUUCAUUCAACAUCGAAGCAUGAAACGAGCGAGAGACGUGCGGGAUCAACUAGCAGGCUUAAUGGAAAGAGUCGAAAUAGCAUUGGAAUCAAGUGGGGGCGAUUCGGUCAAGAUCCGAAAAGCGAUAACAUCUGGAUUUUUCUACAACACGGCAAGACUAGCUGGUAAAACUGGAACGUAUAAAACUAUGAAACACCAGCAAACAGUUCACGUGCACCCAAAUAGUUGUUUGUUUGAACAAGAAACUCCUGUAAAAUGUGUUCUGUACCAUGAAUUGGUGUUUACGUCUAAAGAGUUUAUGAGAAAUGUGAGUGUAGUUGAAACGAGUUGGCUGUUGGAAGUUGCCCCACAUUACUACCAAGCUAAAGAUCUAGAAGAUGCGUCAAGUAGGAAGAUGCCGAAGACUUUCGGACGAAGUCAAGGUGCUAUCAAUGAUUGAUCAUAGUCCGUUUUUUCGCUAAUAGUGUCUCUAAAGAUUCUAGCCCCGUAAUCAAUAUGUACAGCAAACAGAUUGAAAAAUCUAUCUUUUUGUCAAAACUUGAUUUUCGUAGUUAAAUUAAUUUGUUAUUGAAUUGAA